CUUCACCGAGAGGGAGCCCAGGUGAUGGCAGCCAUGCCCCUGAACGCCUGGCACCAGGAGUUGGUGACCUUUAAGGAUGUGGCUGUCUACUUCACCCGGACAGAAUGGGCUGGUCUUUCUCCCACACAGAAGGCCCUAUACAGAAGCGUGAUGCUGGAGAAUUAUGGGAACUUGACAUCCCUGGGAUACCCAGUGCCCAAACCUGCCCUGAUCUCACUUCUGGAGGGAGAGAAUUUGCCUUGGGGCUUGGAGGCACAGGAGAACCCAUCUGCAGAGGGGACCAAAGACAUCUGUAAAGAUACUGAGACCAGCAUUGGCAAUGAGUCCACAUCAACACAGGGAAUUUCUGAAGAAAGAGAUGUGAUAUUGUCACAUGGGUUGCAGAAGAGUGCUGUUCAUGGAGCCAACUUUCUAGAAGCCUGUGAACUGGAAAAGCACCAGGAAAUCCCCACAGUGAAAAAUAUUAAAGGAAAGGUUCCGAGAAUGCACUGUGCAAGGAAACCCUUCAGAUGUGAGGAGUGUGGGAAAUGCUUCAGUUAUUUUUCGUAUUACGUGAGACACCAGAGAAUCCACACUGGGGAGAAACUCUUUGAGUGUAAUGAGUGUGGAAAAGCCUUUAAUGGCAAUUCUUCAUUAAUUCGGCACCAGAGAAUCCACACUGGAGAGAAACCCUAUCAGUGUGAAGAGUGUGGACGAGCCUUUAAUGAUAAUGCCAAUCUGAUCAGGCAUCAGAGAAUCCACAGUGGGGACCGGCCCUAUCUCUGUGGAGAGUGUGGAAAUAGUUUUACCAGCAGUUCUGAGUUUGUUAUACAUCAAAGAAUCCAUACUGGGGAGAGACCUUAUGAGUGUAAUGAGUGUGGAAAAGCUUUUGUUGGUAAUUCACCACUACUUCGACAUCAGAAAAUCCACACCGGAGAGAAACCCUAUGAAUGUAAUGAGUGUGGCAAGAGCUUUGGAAGGACGUCCCAUCUUAGCCAACAUCAGCGUAUUCACACGGGGGAAAAGCCUUAUUCUUGUAAAAUAUGUGGUCAGGCCUUCAAUUUUCAUACAAAAUUAACUCGGCACCAGAGAGUCCACAGUGAAGAGAAACCCUUUGACUGCAUAGAUUGUGGAAAAGCCUUUAGUGCUCAGGAACAAUUAAAAAGGCAUCUGAGGAUCCAUAUUCAGGAGUCUUCCUAUUUAUGUGAUGCGUGUGGAAAAGUCUUCAGUGGCAAAAGAAAUCUUCUUCAGCAUCAAAGAAGCCAUACUGCAGAGAAAACCUAUGAGUGUGUCAAGUAUGGAAAAACCUUUAGGACUUCUUCCAAGCUAGGUCAUCAUGAGCAUGUCCACCCUGGAGACAAACCUGUCCUGGACAUUUGUCAUUUUGGCCUCCCAGAGUUUUUCACCCCCUUUUACUGGUAGUAGAUUACUGAAUUUGCCUUUGGCUUUUGUCUUCCACUCAGGAGCAGGAUGUGUGACACAGGCCUGGCUCAACUGCACAUUCCUUCCCCUCAGCCGUGGCUGGUGGUUCAGAUGUCAGUAGUUUACCCAGCGUGGUCCAGUCAUAGCUGCAGGACUUGGCAGGAGUUACUAGGAAGAAAUACUCUUCUUUUACCCCCUUCGUCUUAAAGCUGAGAAGAGCUCUUAGAUUCUUGUGGAGGCUGAGGAGAACGUCAACACAGCAAAAGAAAAAUCAGAGUUGAAGAGCAAUCACCCUCGAAGCUUCUGUUUGAACAACUACAUUAGACUAUAUCUGAAGCCAGAAAUACAGCUUGGUUUUUGAGUUCCAGUAACCAGUACAAUAUAACUUUGUUUUUGUUUUGUUGUCUUUUUGUUCAAGCAAAGUUAGGGUAGGUUUUCUUCCCUUGCAAAAGAGCCACUGUAACAAAAAUCUUCAGGAAUAACAAACCUGGUGGAGAAACGUUUUUAUGUGUAUAAUGUGUGGGAAAGUCUUUAGCUGUUGUUCCGCAGUCCCUGUGAUUGUGACGAGAAUGAAAAACCCCUUGUAAUGCAGGGGCCUGGGCUACAUCAGGCCCAGCCAGUUAAGCUCUGUUUCAGUGUUACUGCAAAACUCUGUCUGCGUCAAGGAGUCCAUUCGCAAGAUUUAAGUCCUGACUUCGAAACCAAUAGCUACUGCUCUUAAGGCUUUCAUUUUGUUUACCCAGUUUUUAUGUGGAAUGGAUGGUUUUCUAGGGAUUAAACUGGGAAAUGCCAAGCUGUUGUAGCAUUUACAGCUGCCAUUUACCAGUUUUUCUAGAAUAGCAUGCCUGCCAUGCCCUUUGAUUUGGUCGGUGGGCCAAGGAAAUGCUCUAGUUCUCUCAUAAGGAGUGCUGAGGUGUCUCAGUAGGAAGACAAAGAGCUGGCCCUUUUACUUAGGGGGUGAUUGUGGUCACACUCCAAACUUACCUGCUCCCUAAAGUCUGGCACCUGGUGGCUUCACUGCCCCUUCCUUAUUCACC